AUGCAAGUCUGGCAUAAUGCGGUCAUCAUCCCGCUGCUCAAGUCCGGCAAGCCUGCUAGUAGUAUCGAGUCUUACCGGCCAGUCAGUUUAACUUCCUGCAUUGUGAAGUUACUGGAGAGGAUGAUAUUUCACCGCCUCUACAACCUCGCAGAGUCGCGGGGCAUGCUCUGCCAUACCCAGGCCGGGUGCCGGAAAAACCGCAGUUGUGAAGAUCAGCUGAUUAGGAUCUCCCAAAACAUCAGCGACGGAUUCCAGGAACGCAAACCCAAGCGCACUGUCAUGGCCCUGCUGGAUUUGUCCCGCGCCUAUGACAGGGUUUGGAAAGAGGACCUCCUGCUAUGCUUGUUCGAGAGCGGAGUCCCUCUGUCUUUCAUCCGCUGGAUUUGGGCCUUCCUCAGAAACGACAAUUCCGCGUCCUGUUUAAUGGUAGCCUCAGCAGAACUCGUUGGCUGGUCCACGGAGUCCCGCAAGGUGCAGUCCAACGUCAUUCCGAAAGAUGUGCUGAACUCAAUCUUCGCAGACGACCUCACAAUCUGGGCCAGCGACCACAACAAGGAGACCGCUCAGUGGAGAGUUCAAGAAGCAGUUAAGCACAUCGAGUCCUGGUGCCACAGUAAGAAGAUGCUCUUUAGCGACAAGAGUUCCGUCACCUCCUUCUCGACAGCGUCCUGUGACGCCAAGUGGGUCCCGUCCCUUAACAUGAACAACCUACCAAUGAAGUUCGACCAAGCUCCGAAGCUCCUCGGCCUCUACAUGAACAGGACCCUCUCGUUCCAACAACACCCUGCCUUGGCAACACUGGCUGGGGAUGGAAGAAGCGCCCCAUGCGCAGCGUCUACCUGGCAACACAGCGCAGCAUACUGGACUACGCCGCCCCUGCCUGGCAGCCGUGGAUUGGAAAGAGCGCAGAAUCAAGUUCUUUGUCGCAUCACCGGCCAGACCGCCUCCUCUCCUGUGGAAGCCCUCCGCAUCGAAGCGGGCCUGCCCAGCUAUGAGACAACCUCUCGGCAGUUGAUAGCCACCUCCAGUGAGAAAGCGUUCAGACGUCCCCCGAACCACCCAAGACGCCUCGCUCUCGAAGGCGAACAGAGGCACAGGCUCUGCCGAGACAGCUGGCGUGAGAACAGCAAGAAGUUAGAGGCCUCGCUCCCAGAAGGACUAACCCCCCGAGAGCCGCUUGCUGGCCCUACUGAGUACCUGUGGACCGCCAACCCGAGGAAAUGGACUGUGAGCUCCACACUGGUUGGUGGCAACAGAACUGACAAUGCCAGGACCGACGCCAUCCGAGUCAUCCGCGAGAGUGAGGCCCAGUGGGUGAUCUACACAGACGAAUCAGCCUCUGAAGGUACCCACUUUGGCGGGUCUGCUAUGGUUGUGACCGAAGGCGACCCGGAGAAUCCGGUCACGAUCGACAAGAUAAAAACCAAAGGGAGGAUCAUCACAUCUUCCUAUGAAGAAGAGAAAGAGGCCAUGGACAGCGCAAUCAAGUGGCUGGAAAAGAACACCAUUGAAGAGCACGACAAGUUACUGAUCUGCACCGACUUCCAGUCUCUGACCGCCGCUCUGGACAACAAAAGUCCUGACGUUGCCUCCUUGUGCCGUCGGCUGGAUGCCAUGGACCGCCACAUCAACAUCCAAUGCGUUCCAACGAAAUCGCCGACAAAUUUGCCAAUGAAGCCACAGAACUGGAAGACGACGCCCAACCUACAAGCCUGA